AUGCAAGCCAUCAACAGUAGCAAGAAGGCGGCGGCGGCAGCAGCAGCGGCAGCAUCUAUGGCCAAGUGCAUUGCCACCGUGCUCGCCGUCGCCGCCGUGCUCACGACAAUGCAACCAUCGGUGGCGGCGAGCAACCCUCCGGACGCCGAUGCGCUCCGGUUCCCCGGCCGCCCGGGCAGCAGGCCGCGCAACCCGGUGUUCCCAGGGUACCCGAGAGCCAGGCCGUCGCCGCCGGUGCCCGGCAGCUCCUCUUCCCCGGGGGUGCCAUCACCCAUGCCCGGCGUGCCGUCGUCGUCGGGUUCAGGGACGCCGGCGCCCUGCGCCAGGCCCGGCGGCGCGGUGGUGCCGCAGCUGCCGGGCUUCCCCGGCCUGCCGGGCAGCGUGGGCGGCUCCGCGCCGUCGUCGCCGACCGACUGCGUGACCCCGCUGGCGGGGCUGAUGACAUGCGGGACGUUCCUGACGGGGAGCGAGCCGGAGACGCCGACGCCGCAGAGCGAGUGCUGCGCCGGCCUCGGCGCGUUCCUCAACAGCUCCAGCUCCGCGGCGGAAGGCGACGACCACACGCUGCGGUGCCUGUGCCCGGUCAUCCUCGGCGACGUGAACAAGAUGCUGCCCAAGCCGGUGGACCCCGUCCGCAUGAUGUACCUGCCCAUCGCCUGCGGCGUCGUGCUGCCGCCACAGGUCCUCUACAUCUGCUUCACUGGGCAGCAAAGCCCGCCACUCGUCGGCCGCAUUCCUGACGUCUGGGAGAAGCCGACUUCAGGCAAGGAAUACUCUACUGGUUCUUCUUCAAGAUUUAACAGCUUGCUUUUUCAGUUCAUGGUUCACAUUAUAUUACUGCUCGUGGAAGUAGAUGUCUGA